UGUCACACAAAGCUUCCACAUUUGAACCACAAUUCCCUCUUCUGUUUCUUUCCAUUCAUUUCUCUCUCAUGUAAAUCAGACAUUCUUGACAAAAAUUAUGGUACAGUCAAAGAAGUUCAGAGGUGUCAGGCAGCGCCAUUGGGGCUCUUGGGUCUCUGAGAUUCGCCAUCCUUUACUCAAAAGAAGGGUGUGGCUAGGAACAUUUGACACGGCCGAAGAGGCAGCGAGAGCCUACGAUGAAGCAGCCAUUCUGAUGAGUGGACGUAGCGCCAAAACAAACUUUCCGGUCGCCACUGACCAAGCUAGCAAUGAGAAAUCGACGUUGUUGUCAUCAUCGUCGUCGGCAUCGUCAAUAUCAUUAUCAUCUUCUACGCUGCUUUCCUCUAAACUUAGUGCGAAACUCCGCAAAAGCUGCAAAUCUCCAUCUCCAUCUCUCACUUGUCUUCGCCUUGACACUGAGAAUUCCCACAUUGGAAUUUGGCAGAAGCGAGCCGGGCCUCGUUCCGACUCGAACUGGGUUAUGACAGUUGAGCUCGGGAUCAAGAACAACAACAAUGGUGAAGAAAAUCAAUCUUUAUCGGAGCCAAAACAGGCUGAUGAUCACCAGCCUAAUGUUGAUCAAAAUCAUCAUCCGGCACAAGAAAUAAAAGGGCAGGAAGUGGGUGGCGGCGGACUCGAUGAAGAAGAGAGACUUGCAUUGCAGAUGAUAGAGGAAUUCUUAAACGGAAAUUGAUUAAUCAACUUCAACCAUAAAGGAACUUUCACGUGGAGUUCCAGGAAUUGGGUUUGUGUCUGUUUGCUCAAUAUGCAGGAGUUUGUUGCUAUAUCCAUUAAUUUGUUAAUAAGGAGUGAUAUGGAUGUGUACAUGUUACCCGUUUAAUUAUGAUUAAGAUCUCCAUUAUCAAGUUUCUCUGUAAAAUCUAUAAACAAUUACCAAGAUCAGUGUACUCCAAGUCAAUCUACAAUUCAAUACCUCUUGGUCUUGGAGAAGAAAUUAAAUAUAUUAUAUAUUUUUACAAA